ACACCAAACAUUAUAGUAUUUAUAUAGUGAUGCCAUUGUUGGUUAUUUAUUUAUUUUAUUUAUUUCAGUGUAAUUGUCAUUCAGUGAUGAUCAAGUGAUAUUAUAAUUAAUAUAUAUAUAUUUAUAAAUAUAUACACUCGGGAUUAUACAUCAUCAUCAUAAUAAUUACAACAUCAGUCAUUGGCAGGGUGGAAACAUCUCACUCGUAUAUUAUUUAUUUGGUGCCAAUGAUGAAUGAGUCAGCCCAUUGUUGUUUACCCAAAUAAAGACCCUGAUGUAUUGAAGUAAUUGAGCUGAAAAGAAGAAGAAGAAAGGAACAAGUCAAAAUUGCUCCCAACGCGAGAAAGUCCGCGCAUGGCUCAAGUUUGCCAGACGGCGGAAUAGUUCCAAUCACCAUGACGAUGGACGUGAGCAAAUCGGAGACAAAUAAAAAUGGUACCGCACAACAGGAAUGUGCGGGUUGUGGAAAAACAAUAACAGAAAGAUAUCUUUUAAAGGCAUUGGAUCUUUAUUGGCAUGAGGAUUGCCUAAAGUGUGGAUGCUGUGACUGUAGAUUAGGUGAAGUUGGCUCAACUCUAUAUACAAAAGCCAAUUUAUUGCUAUGUAAAAGGGACUACCUGAGGCUUUUUGGUAAUACUGGCUAUUGCGCAGCUUGUUCAAAAGUCAUACCGGCAUUUGAAAUGGUCAUGAGAGCACGUGCCAAUGUCUACCAUCUAGAGUGUUUUGCUUGUCAACAGUGUAAUCAUCGGUUUUGCGUUGGUGAUAGAUUUUACCUCUGUGAAAAUAAAAUAUUGUGCGAGUAUGAUUAUGAAGAAAGAUUAUUAUUUGCCAAUAUGGCAUUGCAUCCACCACCCUCAUUAGCCCACAUAAAACGUCAAUUGGCACCAACAUCAACGCCUCCUGGUUCAAAUCCGGCAUCUCUUCAUCCUGGCAACAAUCAGAUGCAUCCGCAAACAAUUACCCACUCUACUCAACACAAUACCCAUCCAAAUGGACAAAUGUCAAGCAAUCCACCAACAGUUAAUGGUAAUAAUUUGUCAAUUGGAUCAAGAGUGGGAGGACCAGGUGAUAUGAACAACAAUGGUCUAUCAGGUCCUGGACUUGGACCAGUUGUUAAAGCACCACCUAUGUCAAUGCCAGCACCGAGCAGCUGAGACGAGGCCCCACCACCAAUGAAAAAACUACGUUGUCUUGAUACCUACUGAUUCAAAUCUACACGUGUUUCAAUUUUUCAAAACAAACAAAAAAACUUUAGUCAAAUAGUAAUAUAAAAAAAAAAAAAAACAACGUCAAGUUGAAAGCAGACAUUCCUGUGUUUAAUUAAUUUAAAAAAAGAAAAAGAAAAAAGGAAACUACUUUUUACUUCUGCGACAUUUCGCAGUUGUACUUGCUGUGAUUGUGCAUUGGACAAAGUGAUUGAUCGAUUCAAUGAUAAUAUAUAAAUAAAAAAUGAUUGUAAAAUACAAUGAAAUAAUUAUAUUUAAGGCUUGUGUAAGAUAUUUUUCAGAAAUAAAAUUGUAAAUAAUUCUGAACCAAAAGAAAAAAACAUUUUAAAAAACAAAAAAAAAAAAAAACAACACAAUAAGAUAAAAUAAAAUAUAGUAAUAAUCAUAAUAAUAAUAAAAUAAUGAUAAAUAAAUAAAUAAAUUUCAAAGUUUAAGAGAAUGGAUAGCAUAAAGAGAGGGAGGGAAUAUGACCUAUAAAUGUGACUCAAAAAUAAAAUAAAAUAAAGAAAAAAAAAAGAAAAGGAUGGGUUGCUCAUACAGCUAAUACCAAAGAAUAUUUAAAUGUAAGAUUAUGAAAAAAAAAAAAAUUGUUCACGUCGACACCGAUGAUAUUCAAUUGAUUUUUGUUUUUUUUUUUUUUUUUUUUUAAAUUUUAGUUUCUAUUUUCUGAUACAACACAAACAGAUGUCAAGUAUUCUUAAUUAACAUAACAAUACCAAAAUAUGCGACCAAAGUUUGCAUUCAUUUAAAGUCAAAUGAAAAAUAAAAAACCUCUCUGUAUAAUAAUCGAGUACAAACAAUUUUGCGCUGUGUAUAAAUGCUGAGAAUGUAGAAUAAUUGGGUUUAUAAUUGGAGAGAUGAGAGAGAGAGAGAGAGAGAGAGAAAUGUUGAAAGAAAAAGGUAUAAUUUUGUUGUUGUCUUUCUUUUGUUUAUUAACUUUUGUUUAUUUUUUAUUUUGAUUUAUUAAAAUGUAAGACACUUUUUGUUAUUCAUCAUUGUAUAUAACUUCAUUAAUUA